AUGUCGGUGAGGAGGGAAGAACGGAACGGAGGCGUACAUCGGCAUAUCACCGCAAUAAUUUUGGUGUAUAUGUCGGCGGUUGACAUUGAGUCGCGGCACUGGUUGAAUCUAUACAUGCAAUCGUCUGGAUUGGAGUGGGAGAAGGAGAAAGGAGGAGGACAAGGCCUUACAGCGAAUUAUCAUCGGACCACUGGAGGCACC